AUGGGCUGCGGUGAUCGUCCACAGCCCUUACCUCACGCGCGUCCGAGGAAGAGGGCUUCAACGUCGGUCCUGGGUCCUCGUCGUAGCCGUUGGGAGGGUCAGUUAUCUUUUUUUUCCAUGGGAUCUUUUAUUAAGGUGAAGCAGCAUUUGUCGCUAUUGUAUUUUUAUUUACACAACCUCGUGUCUCAUGUUAGUAAUUAUAAAUGGGUUUUUUUUUUUAUUUCUCAGACUGUGUUCACGCGCCUUGGUCCUCCUCACGGCAGAUGUCAGCCUGAUCCUUCCAACACUCUUCAGUACUCUACCAUGAUGUGUAAACAGCUUUGCCUGGAGCGAGAAUAUCGGAGGCGAUGCAGGUGCUACGCGCUCUUCGCUCAGGAACAGAACGACACGAAAAACGACCUGGAGGAAGUUGACAUCCGCUGUUCUCUCUUCAAUACCACUCAGAAGGUGUGCAUGAAGAAGAUAGCGGCAGGAGUCUCAAUGGCGUCUUGA